GGGCCCGUUUGGUUGCCGAAAAGCAAAUGAGAAAAGGGUAAGUAAAUACUCCCUUUUGAUUCGUUUCUCGUUUUGUUUUGACUUUUAAGUCAUGGGACGAAAAACCUAAGGAUGCGGUUGCUCAAAACCAGGAAUGCAGGGUCUCACCAAAACCAUGCGACCCCGGUGAGAAACGAAAUUUUCAUGUUUUUCUUUUCUCUGAACUCCAUUAAUGGCCGGUGAGAAGACACCACCGACCAGAUCGCCAUGGAUUCCAAUGACCACAGCGACGAUUGAUUGCUGUAAGAGACCUAUUUUUGGGUACUUAUCUUUUCUCUUCUCUCACUCUCAACAAACAUAAGCCGAUAAGCGUGGCCCCUCAAUGUCCACGUUUGUUGGGCCGCCAAAACCUAAAGGCUCUAGCCCACCAAUCGUGGUUUCACCAUCGCCGGAUCUGCAGAGCAACAACGACAACAGGGGCAUCAAAACCUCUUUCGUUAUAUGAUACCGCUACAGGUAACUCAUGAAUCCAUAUCGCCGGAAAUGGUAAAGCCCCUCAAAACCCAAUAUCUUAUUCAUCUCCACAAGCACUGUUCUGCAUUGGGUUCUCACCAUUUUAUCAGGUUUUCAUCAGAACCAGACGUUUCUUCCGAAUUCCAUUUUUCGUCUCCCCCUCGGCAGGAUUUCUCCAACUUAGUUUCUAAGGUCUGUGACAUCUUACACCAGCUUCAGUGGCAACGCAGCCCUGAAAUUAACCGUUUAAGUUCCAAACUGACGCCCCGUCACGUGGCCAGGAUUCUGGAAAUCCACAAGGACUCGCAAUCGGCGCUUCAGUUUUUUUACUGGGUUUCUAAGAGACCUUCUUACAAACAUAGUUUGGAUUGUUUUGUUAUCCUGCUAAAUCGUCUUGUUCGUGAUAGGCUCUUUGCUCCUGCAGAUCAUGUAAGGAUACUGAUGAUCAAGACCUGUAGAAAUGAGGAAGAGAUGGCUAGGGUGAUUAAUUUUCUUGAUGAGAUCUGUGUCAAGGGAUUUAGGUUUACACUAUAUACCUAUAAUACUCUACUGAUUCAGUUGGGUAAGCUUGACAUGGUUGGAGCUGCCCAAAAUGUGUAUAAACAGAUGCUGAGCAGUGGGAUAGAACCUAGUCUUUUAACGCUCAAUACAAUGAUCAAUAUACUGUGCAAGAAGGGGAAGGUCCAAGAAGCCGAGUUGAUUCUGAGUCGGAUUUUUCAGUGCGAUUUGUCCCCAGAUGUUUUCACGUACACGUCUUUGAUGCUUGGGCAUUGCAGAAACCGUGAUAUAGAUUCUGCUUUUGGGGUUUUUGAUCGUAUGAUUAAAGAAGGUUGUGAUCCAAACUCUGUGACAUAUUCUACUUUGAUCAAUGCACUCUGCAAUGAAGGUAGGUUAGAUGAGGCACUAGACCUGCUCGAAGAAAUGGUUGAGAGAGGCAUUGAACCUACAGACCAUACAUAUACGGUCCCCCUUGCUUCACUGUGCAAUGUUGGUCGUGUCAAGGAGGCAUGUAACCUGGUGGCUGAUAUGAGGAGGAGGGGUUGUCGUCCAAAUGUACAUACUUAUACCUCUCUAAUCAGUGGAUUGUCUCGAUUAGGUGCAAUUGAGGUGGCAAUUGGAUUGUUCCACAAGAUGUUGAUGGAUGGAUUGACUCCAAAUACGGUUACAUAUAAUGCCUUGAUAAAUGAGUUGUGUAUGAGAGGAAGAUUUGAAUUUGCUCUCAAGAUUUUUGAUUGGAUGGAGAGGCGUGGCUUGCCAAAUACCCAAACAUACAAUGAUAUUAUCAAGGGGUUUUGCUUACUGGGGAAGAUUGAGAAGGCAAUGGUACUACUUAGUAAAAUGCUAAAGGUGGGUCCCUCUCCAACAGUGAUAACAUAUAACAUCCUUGUUAAUGGAUACUGCAAAAAAGGCAACAUGAACAAUGCAGUGAGGCUAUUGGAUUUGAUAAAAGAGAAUGGAUUGGAACCAGAUGAAUGGACUUAUACCGAACUUGUCUCGGGCUUCUGCAAGGUAGGCAAGUUGGAUUCAGCUUCUAAGUUUUUCAACAAAAUGGUUGAACAGGGAUUAAGUCCAAACUUGGUCAGUUAUAGUGCUUUAAUAGAUUGCCACUGUAAAGAGGGGAAGGUAGAUAUUGCCUUGGAUUUGAUGGAGAAGAUGGAGCAAAAUGGUUGCUUCCUAAAUCUGGAAACCUACAAUGCUCUCAUCAAUGGUUUGUGCAAAGCAAACAAGUUAUCCAUAGCAGAGAAACUCUGUAAUAAGAUGGUAGAGCAAGGAUUGUCACCAAAUGUCAUUACAUACACGACUUUGAUUGAUGGGCUAUGCAAGAAUGGUGGGACAAGCCUUGCAUUUAAGGUUGUUGAUGAAAUGAAAAGGAGGAAUUGCCAACCAAAUCUUCAUACCUACAGUUGUCUUAUAUAUGGGUUAUGUCAAGAAGGCAAGGCAGAAGAAGCAGAGAUGUUAAUUACAGAAAUGGAAGGAAAAGGACUGGUUCCUGACAAGGUUACAUAUACCUCAAUAAUUGAUGGUUUUGUUAUGUUGGGUAGGCUAGAUCAUGCAUUCUUGCUUCUGAGGAAGAUGAUUAAUGUUGGUUGCAGACCUAACUAUCGGACUUUUGGUGUGUUGAUGAAAGGUUUGCAAAAAGAGCAUCAGUUUCUUGCAGGGGAGGGUGUGGACAUAUGCAAAGCAAUGAAUAGCUGCCACUUAAAUGAUAAGGAUGUUAAUACUGAAAUAUUAUGUCGCCUCUUAGUAAGAUUGUCAGAAUAUGAUUGUGAGCCUACAAUUGAUACCUACAGUACUCUAGUAGUUGGUUUAUGCAGAGAAGGGAGACCCUUUGGGGCAGAUGAGUUGGUUAGAAACAUGACAGAGAAGGGUUUACACCCUAAUGCAGAAAUAUGUAAUUCUCUAUUAGUUUUUUACUGUAAGAAUUUGAAAGUGGAUGCUGCUUUAGGCAUAUUAAACACAAUGGUAGUUAGAGGUUUUGAGCCUCAUUUAUUUAUUUAUAGAGCAUUGAUCUGUGCUUUAUGCAAAGUGAGCAGAACAAAUGAAGCUCAAUCUUUGUUCGAAGGCAUGCUUGAGGGACAAUGGAAUCCUGAUGAGAUUGUUUGGACGGUCUUGAUUGAUGGGUUACUGAAGGAAGGGGAGUCAGAGGUGUGCAUGAAGUUUCUCCAUAUUAUGGAAUCUAAGAGCUAUGCCCUCAAUUUUCAGACUUAUGUAAUCUUGGCUAGGGAAAUGUCAAAUCAAGACAGCUCUAUUGAAAAAGAUUGAAUAUCUGACAAGUUGAGUUUGAGAAGGGUAUUCAUCCAUUAAGGUUCUGUACAUGUUAAUGGGUUAAAAAAUCACAUAUCUCCUACAGAGACAGAUGAAACCUGUCAAGACCACCAAAAAUUUAAUGAUAAUGGGUUUGUUCCUUUCUAUCCACAAGAUGUAAAUUUAAUUUUGAACAUUGUAUGCGGCUCCGCCAUCUAAUAAAUGGUGAAAAUGCUUAAGGUAAUUGAAGUUUUUUUAUUGCUUUUGUUUUGUGCCAUUGCUUCAGUGCAUGAAGGGGACAGUACUGGAAUUUCUUAACUAUGGAAAAGAGGGCAAAGUUUUGGCAUAUUGGCAUGACAACUUGUUGAGACUUUCUUUGAGAGGGAAUGGCUGAAAUUCAGUGGUUUGAUGCAAAUAUGGUGUCUCCAGAACUUUUUGUACCACAAGACACCUGAAUUCAUGUUUUUAUGACUCAUGAAAUAAACAAUCUGAUUAGCUGUUAUCCUGGCUUUCUUAUGUUUUAACUGUGUUCCGCACUUGAACAGUUGACAAUCUUAAGUGAAUUCUAUUCUACUUGUGGUGGAUGUUAACACUAUGGAUGUUUGUGUGGUGCAUUACUGCACUUGCUAGAGGACAGGCCUACCACCAAAGGCCCAUGCAGAAGAUCGUUGUUUUUUUUUUCCCUUCUCAUCUUUCUUUCUUUCUGUAUUACUACCACUGAUUUUGGAAUUGCUGCACCUAGCCAUCCAAGAAAUUUUAUUUGUCUGGUUGAUAAAAGGAAAAGGCUUGACUCUUACCAUGAGAUCAUAUUGACUAGUUGGAUAUCCAAAACUUGUGGUCAAAAUGAUUCUUUUUUUUUGGUUAAAAUGAUUCAUUCCAUAGGAAACAGUUAUUCACAGGGAUCAUACACCAUGAUUGGUGAAGCAUACCCACCUUGUAUGCGUGUAAUUAUGGUAUAUAUGGAUUGUAAAGAUAGUCCAUAGACAAAGGGAUCUCUUAAAUGACGACUAGUUGAACAAUGAGUCCUGCUUACUUUC